GCCUGCUCCCCUGAAGCCCCUGGAGCCUCUGGCUCAAGCAGCGCCGUUGGUCUGUGCAGUGUCUCUGACGUCAUCGGUGUAUGCAUAAGCCCUGCUAUUGUCUUACUGCUACAGCAGGGCUGGGGAUUGCGGUAUCCGCUGUUGCCGCUGCUCCCAGGCCUGCCCCUGCUGCUACCUAGUCCUGCCUCACUGCAUCCCAGAAGAGCCACGUUGGCUUGCCUUUCCCUAUUGGAUUUUCAAAAGCAGCUCUUCGGGUUUUGUGCUGUGGGAGACCUUGCUUUUCAAUCACACGGGAGGACACUGAAGCUUGUAAGAGGAGAAUCUGGCAGCUGGACACAGCUUGGACUGCAUUGUGUGUCUUCAUGACCCCUGCUGUGUAGCGGCCCAUCUUUUCACUCUCACACGUACACUCUCCUCGAUUUUAUUUCCUUCCUUUUUUUUUUUUCUUUCUUCUAAUUUUUUUAAAGCAGCCUCUGGAGCCAGCCAUGUUUGGCACUGAAUCUUCAUUGAGCAUGUUUUUGAACACAUUAACACCGAAGUUCUACGUGGCCCUGACAGGCACUUCCUCACUAAUAUCAGGGCUCAUUUUGAUAUUUGAAUGGUGGUAUUUUCGCAAGUAUGGAACAUCAUUCAUUGAACAAGUCUCAGUAAGCCACUUGCGCCCCCUCCUGGGAGGGGUUGACAACAACUCCUCCAACAAUUCUAACUCCAGCAAUGGGGACUCAGAUUCCAACAGGCAGAGUGUCUCAGAAUGCAAAGUAUGGCGAAAUCCACUAAAUUUAUUUAGGGGUGCUGAAUAUAAUCGGUAUACUUGGGUGACAGGACGAGAGCCUUUGACUUACUAUGACAUGAAUCUCUCUGCCCAAGACCACCAGACAUUCUUUACUUGUGACUCAGACCACCUGCGUCCUGCAGAUGCAAUAAUGCAGAAAGCCUGGAGAGAAAGAAACCCCCAAGCUAGAAUUUCUGCAGCUCAUGAAGCCUUAGAGAUAAACGAAAUUAGGUCCAGAGUUGAAGUUCCCCUAAUUGCUUCCUCUACCAUCUGGGAGAUAAAAUUGUUACCAAAGUGUGCGACUGCUUAUAUUCUCUUGGCUGAAGAGGAAGCAACAACAAUUGCGGAAGCAGAAAAGCUGUUCAAGCAGGCCCUGAAGGCUGGAGACGGCUGUUACCGGCGUUCUCAGCAGCUACAGCAUCAUGGAUCCCAGUAUGAAGCCCAACAUAGACGAGAUACUAAUGUCUUGGUCUACAUCAAAAGAAGGCUAGCAAUGUGUGCCAGAAGACUCGGGAGGACCAGGGAAGCAGUGAAAAUGAUGAGAGAUUUAAUGAAGGAGUUCCCCUUGCUGAGCAUGUUCAACAUCCAUGAAAACCUUUUAGAAGCUCUUCUGGAACUACAAGCGUAUGCUGAUGUUCAGGCCGUCUUAGCAAAGUAUGAUGAUAUAAGCUUACCAAAGUCGGCAACAAUAUGCUAUACAGCUGCCUUGCUCAAAGCAAGGGCUGUCUCUGACAAAUUCUCUCCCGAGGCUGCAUCUCGGCGGGGGCUGAGCACAGCAGAGAUGAAUGCAGUAGAGGCUAUUCAUAGAGCUGUGGAAUUCAAUCCUCACGUGCCAAAAUACCUCCUAGAAAUGAAAAGCUUAAUCCUCCCCCCAGAACAUAUCCUGAAGCGAGGGGACAGUGAAGCAAUAGCGUAUGCGUUCUUUCAUCUGGCACACUGGAAGAGGGUGGAAGGGGCUUUGAAUCUUUUGCAUUGUACGUGGGAAGGCACUUUUCGGAUGAUCCCUUAUCCCUUGGAAAAGGGGCAUCUGUUUUAUCCUUAUCCAAUCUGUACAGAAACAGCAGAUCGAGAGCUGCUUCCGUCGUUCCAUGAAGUCUCAGUUUACCCAAAGAAGGAGCUUCCCUUCUUCAUUCUCUUUACUGCUGGAUUGUGUUCCUUCACAGCCAUGCUGGCCCUCCUGACACAUCAGUUCCCAGAACUUAUGGGGGUCUUCGCAAAAGCUAUGAUUGACAUUUUCUGCUCGGCAGAGCUCAGGGACUGGAAUUGCCAGAGUAUUUUCAUGCGUGUUGAAGAUGAACUGGAAAUCCCACCGGCACCUCAAUCUCAACAUUUCCAAAACUGAACUCAUCACCCUCCUUUCCCACCACCAAAACCACUCCUCCUGUAUUCCUGACCUCCGCCCAUGGCACUGCCAUCCGCCCGGUUACUCAAGCCAGAAACGCAGCAGCCCUCCCGAGCUCCUCUCUCUCACUCCCCACAUCUUACCUGUCUCGGCCUCCACAGCGUGUCGGGUCUAACCUCCUAAGCCACUGGGCGUUCAGUAAAUGUAAUUCACCUCUUCUUCCCCUCCUUCCCUCCCCAUGGCCUCCUUCUCUUCAUUUAGGUCUUGUUUUUUCUUGCUUGGACUCCUCUGCAAGAGUCUUAACUGGUCUCCUGGCUUCCAGGUUCAUCCCCUGCCAGGCUUUCUCUCAUACUGACACAAGAAUGAUCUUUCCAAAUUGCAAGUCUGAGCAUGUCACUUCCCUGCUUGAAUUUCUCCAGAGGUUUCCCACAGACUUCAGGAUAAAGUCUCAGCUCCUUAGCAUGGUAUGCAAGGCCCUUCAUGAUCUGGCCUUGCUUGCCUCUGCAACCUCAUCUCUCCCAACUCUUGCACAGACACUGCUCUUAGGCCAUAGUGAAUUACUCACCACUCCCAGAUGCCUAGGCUCUUGUACACCCCAGUGCCUUUGCACGUGCUGUUUGCUGUGCAUGGAAUGCCCUUCCCCGUCACCACCCCAGCUUGUCCACUCUACUAACUCCUCUUCCUUCUUUUAUUCUCAGCUUUCUUUCUGAGUUUCUCCUAAGCUGAGUUAGAGGUCUCUCUUCUGUGAUUCCACAGUAUUCCAUGAAUACCAACAUUAUCACAUUUAUUGUACUAUAUUAUAAUUGUUGAAAACUUGUCUGUCCCCCUUUUAGAAUGUGAGCUCCUUGAGAGCAGAACUGUGUCUUCCUCAUCUCUGUAUCCCCAAAGCUUUGCACAGCACCUUGCACAUAGUAGGUUUUCAAUAAAUGAUUAUUAAAUAAAUAAAUGGUAGUGGUUUCUGCAGAAAGAAUCAAUGUAAAAAUCAGGUACAGUUUAGCAUUUCUCCUCCUCUUUUGUAAUUAUAGUCAUGGACUCUUAGAGUUGAAAAGGACCUUAAACAAAUUGCCUUCAGCAGUAAUGUGAUGGAGGUCAUCUAGACUCUUCUUGAAUACUCUCAAUGAUGGGGAACUCACCUACUUAACAUCAAAGCCCAUUUCAUUGUCCACUCUACUUCUUGCUUGGACUCCUCUGCAAGAGUCUUAACUGGUCUCCUGGCUCAGAUGUCUUCUUUACACAAUAAAAUCGGCCUCCCUCUAAUAUGCACCUGUUGUUCCUGUUCUGCCCUCCAAAACUAUACUCAACAAGUCUCCUUUUUGUAAAUUCUUAUGACAACUAAUAUAUUCAUGGCCACCUCUAACCUCUGACUAUUGGUAGAACAUCUCAAAUUUCCUUAAGUCUUCUGUACAUACCGUGAUUUUUAAACCCAGGAUGCUCUCUAGUUUAUGGACCUCUACUAUUCAUUAUUAUACCCCCAAGCCAACCUCUGAGUAAAAAUAGUUGCCAAAAUUCUGAAUAGAUUAGAGUUUAACUUAGUAAAAUUUAAAACAGGAAUAUAUUUACAACAUUAGACAAUUAUUCUUCCUCCUUUAAAUGUUCCUCUCUUAAACAGUUUUUAAAGCAUUUUUGUCCAAGUAUGUCAUUUUUCCAGUAUUCUUCAUUAAACAAGCAAUUAACACUUGGUGGGAGUUUCGGAUCAGAACAGACCUUUACAUAAAAUUCAUUUGGCCCCACCACCAGAAAUUCAGAAUCUUGAGUGUUAGCACCCAGAAAUCUGUGUUUUUAACAAGGAUUCCAGCAGGUUCUGAGGAUAGGGGUUGAGGACUGUAUGUGCUGCUAAGGACCUGGUCUGGAGCAAGCCAAGCGUUUGAGCGGCCGCUUGCCGGAACGGGGCGCACUGCCGGAGCCGUUGAGGUGAACACUUUUUAGGCAUCAGAGGUUUCCCCUGGCUGCACCUUGGACUGCUCUUAGGGGGCCUCCGAGUGACUGGUGGCUGCCCCCCUUCCCCCUUGGGGGAUGCUGACUUCUGCAGCCUGGGGUACAGCCUGGGCAUCCAAGUUUUCAGGUGAUUCAGGUUUGCCAGGGCUGCGACCACCACAUUGAAUGGAAGGACGAAUUGCCCGAUUGGGUCUUCUCUAGGAAAGGCUCCACUGCCUCCAGAAUUUCAGAGCGAUGUGUCCAUUAGGGAUCAUGUCAUGUUUCCAAAGCUUUGGUUUUGAGUCUAGAUCAGCUGAUUGAAUAAAAUAAUCAAUUUGCCUUACCGCGCUCAUUGCUUCUACUCUGCCAGGGUGUGGUUGUUUGGUCAGCUACUCAUAAUUUCCAAAUAUAGUUUAGAUAAAUUUGCUUUUAAACCUCUGUCUGGAAGAUCACAUUCAUCUUGCCCUUCCUGAAGGUUUAACAGUUUUCAAAAUGUCUAGAGAGCCUUCAUGGGGAAGGAAGAUGGAUGGCCUGAAGGAGACAGGCCCCAUCCCUCUCCUGCCCACCCUGUCCCCAGAGUCUUCCCCAAGUUUUCACCCGUCACUGCCGCAGGCCUUUCGAGAAGCCCCCUGCAGGUUAUCACCGCCACCCCAUAGGCUGCCCACAGCCAUUUGCAGCUUGUGAAAAUGACUUUCUCAGGCCUCGUGGAGAUAAUGUCCCUGGGAUAAUGACUCGUAGGAGAUGCAGAGAGAUUGCACUGCCACCCCCCAGGCUGCAUGCAGCUUGGGAACUCUCCAGUCUGUUUAUAUGUUGAUACGCAGCCAGUAAGGAAGCCCACAGCUAAGCGUGAGCCACUGGAGAAUAGUAAAAUGAGCAGCUUCAACUGGCUUCUCCCCCCCACUAAUCUAAUCUACCUCCAUGACUUAAGACUAACUCUUCCUCGAAUGUUUGGCUACCAAGAUAAGGUUGCUCAUAUAAAGAAGUUAUCAUUUCAAACCCAGCCCCUCGCAGAAUGUGGGAAGGUCAGCAUUUUGACCCCGUCAGCUUUGAAGGGCUCUGUCUUUCCUCCUCUGAUCUCUCUCCUUCACGGAGACUGAGCCUCCUGACUUCUGACUCUCGUCUUCACUUAUAGGCCUUGACCUCUUUGAAGUCUGAUAUUGAUUACAGUGAAAUGUCAAUUGUCUGAUUGCAAUAGGGCACCUGGAACUUAUUCAGAUAAGCAGAGGCAUUUUGAAUGUUAACGAAGCAUGUUGGGAGCCAUGACCUUCUCCUAAAUAAUGGUGUUUCAGGAAAAGGAGGACCAGGCGAUUGAAGUGUCACUCUCUCUUUUUUAUUAGUCCAGUUGCCUUUUCUCACCCUAAGGCACUGAUUGAAUCACGGUGCAUCUUGGACCGUGUAUCUCUGCCCUCUGGACAGAAGUUGUGGACAUUGAGAUAGAUGAGCUGUUCCCGGGCUGCCUGGUCUUGCUCAUUCAGACUUCACUUUUCAGGCAAUAAAUUUCCCAGGUCUGUGAGUGAAACUGCUGUUUCUCUGUGCAUUGGUUGAGUCUCUGGCCCAAAAGUAUUGACUGAUUUUCAAACAUGCAAAGAAGUAUAAAUGAACAUCCUAAGCAAGGCACAUUCCACCAAACAUUUUUUUUUUUAAUACCUUCUGAUGAAAGCCACUAACCUUUAUCUGGUUACUAAAUGAGAGGGCUUAUGGGCUUCAGAUGCCUCAUUGCAUUGUCUGCUUCUUCCCUGUGGGUGAAGGAUGAGGAAGAGGAUGCACGGAGGGGUGCUAAGGAGGAAGGUAGCUUACUAAUAAAAGGUGCAUAUCUCAACUCGGGUGCUGCAAGAGAAUUAGGAUCUUUAGGAAAAGUUUCUGGGGAUUCUUUUCUCGAUUCUCCCAAGGACAAAACACUCUAGAUGUGAGGGAGAACAGUACAUCGUCGCAUUUAUUGGAGGUGUUAGGACUUACUUCCUUUGUGGAACCUUAUUGAGAAGUGCACGUGAAGUCCAAGGAGGCAGGGCCCGCUGUGACUUGUUGGGCAGUAUGGGAAGAGGGGCAACUGCAGACAUCAAACAGGGCUAGAGAGUCCCCUCUUGAUUUUCAGAGGCCUCGCUUUUGUUCUUUUUAUGCAAGUCAGGUCAGUGCCCAAAACAAAGCAAACAAACAGGCCUUAUUUUGAACCAACUUUGUAACGACCUCUCCGUUCAUUCUGCUUCCCAAGUUGAGGCUCCUUGAUGUCCCCACAUGUAGUGAAUGAAAUUGCACAGAAUACAGACUUGGAGCAAUGCCUUUCAUCUAACUGCAGGGGCUCGGGCUAAUUCGGUAGUUCCUUACCCACUCCAUCACAGCUGCGAUGGUUCUGAAUCUGUUUUAGGUCAAGUCUUUAGGAUAUAAUAACUCCACCAGCAAUAUCGCCUUGUUCAGUGAGCCCAAUCUGACAACCCCUGUCAGAAUCUCUGAUUUAUCCAGACUACUAUAGCACCUACCUUCUCUUUACAGAACUAGGCAAAUGCUGUGUUUUAUGGAGCCUUGGUAGUCUCUGAUUACAAACAAAAUCUCGUAACUAGGAUUUUAAUAAACAAAUAAGCAAUCUUCUCAUAACUAGGUUUACAAACUUUCUCAACAAGCAGCUUGGGCAGUAAUUAUUCAUUUCUGGGCGAUAGGGUGAGCAUCCCAUGUGGUUCUGUGCACACAACAAAGGACAAUUUCAGGUUACCAGAAAUUGACACAUACCUAACACCCACUUGGCAUAAGAGCCAUCCACAUUUGCUCAAGUACUAACAUGGCUGCCUAUUUCUUUUUUUUUUUAAAGAUUUUAUUUAUUUAUUUGACAGAUUGAUAGCGAGAGUAGGAACACAAGCAGGGGGAGUGGGAGAGGGAGAUGGAGGCUUCCUGCUGAGCAGAGAGCCGGAUGCGGGGCUCGAUCCCAGGACCCUGGGAUCAUGACCUGAGCCGAAGGCAGACGCUUAACGACUGAGCCACCCAGGUGCCCCAUGGCUGCCUAUUUCUUAACUCCAAACCCAACUUGGCAUUCAGGGCCCUCCCCAGAGUUCUUCUGGUCACUUUUGAACUAUUAACUAUUCCAGCUAAGCUGAAUUACUUACUGCCUUCUGAUCAUACCACUUACUUUCCCAUUUCUGUUCCAGCUGUUUAUUGAGCCUGGAGGGCUCACCUCCUCAUAUUUCUUUCCUUCCCAUCCUUACCCCAUCUGUAUGUUUUGAUAUCCCAACCAUCCAUUGUGGUCUAUUUCACUUGCCUCAUUUUAAGUUUUUCUUGCUCCUUUCAACAGAAUGGAUUCUCUCCCUUUUCUGAGUCCUCCUGGUGCUUUCUUUGGGCUUUUAUCUUCCAUUCUAUGAUGGUCUAUCUGGUAUCAUUACUUCGCUGUGUGGAGGCCUUAGUGGCCACCUAUCCCUUCCCCUUGACCCUGGGCUUUGAGCUUCCUGACAAUGGGAGUUUUGUCCUAGACUCCUUUAUAUCUUAUCCAACACUUAGGUGCCUUACAGAGCAAAUAUAUUUAAUUUAUGUAAAAGACACAACAUGGGGAAGGAUUCCAAAUAUUAUACUAUCUUGAGUUUCCUUACACUAAUGUCACACUUAUUGGUCCAGCUAUAAUGUGUCGCAGAUCUUACAAUUAGUAUUCUACUGGUUCUUUUUUUUUUUAAGGUUUUUGUUUAUUUGUUUGACAGAGCACACACACGGAUGAGCAGGGGGAGGGGCAGAGGGAGAAGGAGAAGCAGGUUCCUCACUGAGCAGGGAGCCCCAUGCAGGACUCCAUCCCAGAACCCCAGGAUCAUGACCUGAGCUGAAGGCAGAUGCUCAACCGACUGAGCCACCCAGGCACCCCAGUAUUCUACUGGUACUUAAAAACAACAAAGAAGGAAAGAUUCUGAGGUCAAGUGAAUUUUGAAACUUGCUUAGCAUACCCCUUGAAGAUCUGAAAUCCACAGAACAUACGGAGGAACCUCUCUUAACUUCAUUAAAUAUACUAUUACUUUGACCUCAGAACCAUGGCCCCACCCCCCACCCCUAUGUAUUUACAUACUACACUAUACUCCUCUGGGAAAUUCUUGAUGGUGUAGACAAUGUUUUGUUGAGAACAAGGGAUUAGGACAAGACUCCAUAGUGUAAGGACCAGGUGUGGAACCCUAGCAAGAUAAUACCUUGGUUCUGAACUGACAGAGAGCAAGGAAACCACCCAAACAUCUCUCUCUCAUGUGGAGCUCUGUUAGGGGACCUCUUCUGCCAGAUGCUGGAUGAUUUGUGGAAUGAAGCUAAUUCUUCACGAGAACAUAAUCAGAACAAAUUUGAGAUGAUGUUAAAUGAGUCUCAGGCGAGGUACUUGGCACAGUUAAUGAGCAUUUUUCUCUACAUGAGAAGCAGAAAGGAAUUUAGAAACCAAAUGAAAGAGAUCCCAAAGAUCUCCUCAGAGCAGCCCUUCUUCAACAAGGACAUGCUAUCCACAGACUGGCCAGUUUGCUGUCCUCCCCUGGGCUCCCAUGAUGCACUCCACUAAGCAGGUAGUUCAGACAUGAGCAUGGGUGACAGAGGCAUUUGGGACACAAUGGAAUCCCAAAGCAAUUCACAACCAUAUAACAAACUUGACUUUUUAAAAUUGCCUUUUCCCCUUAAAGUGAGUUCUGUACCCAGCUAGGCAGGCAGGUGGUCUGAAGUGUCACAAUUUUUUAGCUCUUCUGCCUACUUGUCACCCAACUGUCAGUCCCUUUUGAUGGCACUAGUCAUCUGCAUGCACAGCCAGCAGAUCCUGAAGACGGAUCUGAAGGCCUGGGAACCGUGGGCCUGCUGUCAGGAAUGAAGGGGGCAGUCUGCAGCCCCUUCUCCCGCUUAUCUAUCACAGCUGGGGAGCGGGGGCUGGAAUGCAGGUGUGAUCAUCAACCUGUUUCCUAUAACAUAAAUACAAAAUUGUAGCCUUUGAGACUUUUAUAAUGCCAAGACUUAUAGGUUGGAAAGGUUCGUUCUGUAGUCUUGAAAGAUCUCUCCUGACUCUGUGCCUCUCUGUUUCU